UCGAUCGAUCGGAAUGGCGCAACAAUCGUUAGAAGGCACGGCGCCGGCAGCUGCCCAAGCUGCGGUCCUGGUCAAGUCAGAGCGACUGGACAAUGGAGACUACACUCAAGUGAAGGGGUAUGACUUCAACAACGGGGUCAACUACGACGACCUGUUCAACUCGUACCGGUUCAUGGGGUUUCAAAGCACUAACUUUGGCAAGGCAGUCGAAGAAAUUAAUCGCAUGCGAGCGUGGCGGUUGUCGGACGAACCCAUCGACGAGAACGACGAUGACGAACUUCAAGACCCUGCUGUGCGCGCCAACACCACGUGCAAGAUCUUCUUGGGCUACACGUCCAACUUGAUCUCAAGUGGCUUGCGGGAAACGCUGCGCUUCCUCGCGCAGCACAAAAUGGUAGACGUGAUCGUCGCCACGGCCGGCGGCGUCGAGGAAGACUUUAUCAAGUGCUUGGCGCCAACGUACGUCGGGGACUUUGCGCUCAAAGGCGCGGACUUGCGGCGGCGCGGCAUCAACCGCAUCGGGAACCUGCUCGUGCCAAACGACAACUACUGCAAGUUCGAGGACUGGCUCAACCCGAUCCUCGACGCCAUGUUGGACGAGCAACUCACGUUGGGCACGGUGUGGUCGCCUAGCACGAUGAUCCACCGCCUUGGCAAGGAGAUCAACCACGAGGAUUCUGUCUACUACUGGUGUUACAAGAACAACAUUCCCGUGUUUUGUCCAGCGUUGACUGACGGGUCGAUUGGCGACAUGAUCUACUUCCACUCGUAUCGCAAGGAAGGGCUCGUGCUGGACAUCGUGUCGGACAUCCGCCGCCUCAAUGACCACGCGAUCCGCGCCAAGAAGACCGGCGUCAUCGUCCUCGGCGGCGGCGUCGUCAAGCACCACAUCCUGAACGCCAACCUCAUGCGCAACGGCGCCGACUUUGCUGUCUUUGUCAAUACGGGACAGGAAUAUGACGGCAGCGACGCCGGUGCCCGUCCGGACGAAGCCGUGUCGUGGGGAAAGCUGCGCCUCGAUGCCACCCCGGCCAAGGUGUAUGCGGAUGCGACGUUGGUGUUUCCCCUCUUGGUCGCACAGACGUUUGCCAAGGGGUUUGCCCCCCGAUCAAGUCCUCCUUCCACUUAAGUACUUGAUGGGCGAAGCUCUUAAUAGACGAUGGACCCAUAUAUUAUGCCUUGAUAAAGUUGUAGUAAUAUUGUGUGCUUUCGAGUGAAA